CGAAAAGGUGGCGGGGUCCAGACCGGCGAAUUUCGCAUGUUGGUUCGCCCCGAAGCCGGCCGGCGAAGGUCGAGUCUCGAAUACCCACCCCUCGCUGACAAAACAAAACCGGGCUACAAGAUAAAUACCACCUACGUACCGUACCAAGACCUCUCUAAGCUUUAGCCAGGGCGACGGCCAACAAAACAAGGCACUUGACCACCCCCAAACCAAACCGCCAAGCUGUUCUCCUCGACCUUCCGACGUACCCUUCGGUCCAGCGGCCCCGGUUUCUCCGCCGCCAUCGCCGCUGCCGGGCUCAACAAGCAGCAGCCCGUCCGUCCGAGUGAUAUCCAGUCCAGCAUAGGCGCCGCCACGAAACGAACCAUGCACAGCAAGGUAGUCAUCAUCGGCUCCGGGCCCGCCGCCCACACGGCCGCCAUCUACCUGGCACGAGCGAACCUGAAGCCCGUCAUGUACGAGGGCUUCAUGGCCAACGGCACCGCGGCAGGCGGCCAGCUGACGACCACGACCGACGUCGAGAACUUCCCCGGCUUCCCCGACGGCAUCUCGGGCCAGGGCCUCAUGGACGCCAUGCGCGCGCAGUCGGUUCGGUUCGAGACCACCAUCGUCUCCGAGACGGUCGCCAGGCUGGACCUGUCGGCGCGGCCCUUCAGGUACGCGACCGAGUGGUCGCCCGACGAGGAGCACACGGCCGACGCGGUCGUGUUGGCGACGGGCGCCUCGGCGCGCCGGCUCGGGCUGCCGGGCGAGGACCAGUACUGGCAGAACGGCAUCUCGGCCUGCGCCGUGUGCGACGGCGCCGUGCCCAUCUUCCGCGACCGGCCCCUCGUCGUCAUCGGCGGCGGCGACUCGGCCGCCGAGGAGGCCAUGUUCCUGACAAAGUACGGCAGCCACGUCACGGUCCUGGUGCGCCGCGACAAGCUGCGCGCGAGCAGCAUCAUGGCCAAGCGCCUGCUGGCCCACCCCAAAGUCACGGUGCGCUUCAACACCACGGGCGUCGAGGUCAAGGGCGGCGAGGGCGCAAGGGGGCUCAUGACGCACCUCGUCGUCAAGAACGUGGUCACGGGCGCGCUCGAGACGCUCGAGGCCAGCGGGCUCUUCUACGCCGUCGGCCACGACCCGGCCACGCAGCUCGUCAAGGGCCAGCUCGAGGUGGACGAGGACGGCUACAUCAAGACCACCCCGGGCACCCCGCUGACGAGCGUCGAGGGCGUCUUCGCCGCCGGCGACGUCCAGGACAAGAGGUACAGGCAGGCCAUCACCAGCGCCGGCUCGGGCUGCAUGGCCGCUAUGGAGGCCGAGAAGUUCCUGUCGGAGAUGGAGGACGCCGAGGCCGAGGCCGCGGCGGCCAAGCCCAGCAUCUGAACAAAAGAAAUCCCGCGAGCGCUUGGGUUUUAUCUCCUGGACUUUUUGCGUGGCGUCUUGGCCAAUUUUUGCUGCAUGCACAGACACUGGUUAAAGGCGUCGGGGGCACCUUUAUAUAGACGACGUAUAGAAAAAUUAGAGUGAAGCGAUUUCGGCGGGAUCUUGAGAAUAGAUAAGAACCGACAGCAAUGAAAAUUAGGAGCACUGUAACCACCAAGGGGUAUUUAUGGAUUGGAUUUUGGGGAGGAUGGUAAAAGAAGGGGGUUUAUUUCUGAGAAAGUAUACAAAAUAGACAAAAAAAAAAAAAGCCAAAAAGAUUGUCUUCUUCCGGAGCUUGAACCGGAUCGCUGAGACCUUAUAAUGCUCACUACCAGGGUCGAACUGGCGA